AAGUUAGCUGAUGGUCUCAUUCAAAACUAAUCGAUAUCGAUAUUGCCAACGAAGAGGAGAAAUAUCUCAUUGUGAUCUCGGAACAGCCUAUAUCGGCGUUCCACCAAGAUGAAUGGUUUGAAGACCCAAAAACUCAGCUUCCCAUAUACCACGCUGGAUAUUCGACAUAUUUCCGUAAAGAAGCUGGCACCGCUGGACGUGAUAUGUGGGGUAUCUUCCGUGACAUCCGUGUGCACCAGUUUGAGAUGGUUGAACAGUUCGUCCUCACUGCUCCCGAAGAGAGCUGGAUUGCAUUCGAAGCUAUGGUAGGGAACAGUGAAGCGUUCUAUCAGAGCCUGGGUCUUUCUUACCGUCCUAGUAGUGGCUAUCGUCAGUGGUGCAUUGAACCUCGCAGUGUCGAAGAAAUGCGAUCUGGAGGCGUGGUUCCCAUUCCAAGGUGCAUACGGAGAACUCGUUUCCUGCUCGAACUGCACGGAUUAUUAUAAGUCGGAUUUCCAUUCGUGAAACUUCCGUUGA